GAGAUCGGAUCCAAGUACUACUGGCCUAUACUCUCUGCUCUUCUGCUGCAAGUCUUCGCUUCUCCUCAAGGACCUAAUUUCUUCUCUCUAGAUCCUCGCGAUUUUUCAAGGUAUCGUCGGGUUUGCUGCAUUUUAUUCCUUGUUCAAAGUGUUUAACAAUGGACAGUUCACACAGGAAAGGAGGAAGCAUCCCUAGUUCUCCAUCUCAAACCCCAAGAUCAAGCGAGAAGUUUGUAAGAGAUCGAGCCCAUGAAGGUAAUGGGUGUUCAAGCAACAAGCAUGAUAAGGAUAAGGGUGUCAAUGUCCAGGUCAUUCUCCGAUGCAGGCCAUUAAGUGAUGAUGAGAUUAGAGUGCGCACUCCAGUGGUUAUAUCUUGCAAUGAGCACCGGAGAGAAGUUUCUGCAGUGCAAAAUAUUGCAAACAAGCAGAUUGAUAGGACCUUUGCUUUUGACAAGGUUUUUGGACCAAAUUCGCAGCAAAAGGAUUUGUUUAAUCAAGCUAUCUCUCCUAUUGUGAAUGAAGUUCUUGAAGGAUACAACUGUACCAUCUUCGCCUAUGGCCAAACUGGUACUGGAAAAACUUACACAAUGGAAGGAGGAGGGAGGAAGGCUAAGAAUGGAGAAUUUCCAAGUGAUGCUGGUGUCAUCCCGAGAUCUGUUAGGCAAAUCUUUGAAAUACUGGAGGCACAACUUGCAGAGUACAGCAUGAAAGUCACAUUUCUCGAGCUAUACAAUGAGGAGAUUACUGAUCUGUUGGCUCCAGAUGAGUCAAAAUUUACGUUCCCAGAUGAUAAGUCUAAGAAGCCAAUAGCUCUCAUGGAAGAUGGUAAAGGAGCUGUCUUUGUGAGAGGUCUAGAAGAGGAGAUUGUGUCCUCUGCAAGCGAAAUAUACAAAAUUCUAGAUAAAGGGUCUGCAAAAAGGCGUACUGCCGAGACUCUACUUAACAAGCAAAGCAGCAGAUCACAUUCUAUAUUCUCUAUUACCAUUCACAUAAAGGAGUGCACUCCUGAGGGAGAAGAAAUGAUCAAAUGCGGCAAGCUUAAUCUAGUGGACCUUGCUGGUUCUGAGAAUAUUUCACGAUCUGGUGCUAAAGAUGGUAGAGCAAGGGAAGCUGGAGAGAUUAAUAAAAGUUUGCUUACACUUGGUCGAGUCAUUAAUGCUCUCGUUGAACAUUCGGGUCACAUCCCAUACAGAGAUAGCAAAUUAACAAGAUUACUAAGGGACUCAUUAGGAGGGAAAACCAAGACCUGUAUUAUUGCCACCGUAUCACCUUCAAUCCAUUGUUUGGAAGAGACAUUAAGCACCUUAGAUUACGCCCAUCGUGCAAAAAAUAUCAAGAAUAAACCAGAGAUUAACCAGAAGAUGAUGAAAACAGCAGUGAUGAAGGAUUUAUACUCUGAAAUUGAUCGCCUUAAACAAGAGGUCUAUGCUGCAAGAGAGAAGAAUGGAAUAUAUAUUCCAAGGGAUCGUUACCUACAAGAAGAAGCAGAAAAAAAGGCUAUGACGGAAAAAAUUGAACGUUUGGAACAAGAUUUGGAGUCUAAGGAUAAACAAUUAGUUGGGCUUCAAGAGCUUUACAAUUCUCAACAACUAUUGAGUGCAGAAUUGAGUGAAAAGCUUGAAAAGACCCAGAAAACUCUGGAGGACACUGAACAUGCAUUGCUUGACCUAGAGGAAAGAUACAGACAGGCAAACAACACAAUAAAAGAAAAAGAAUAUUUGAUAUCUAACCUCCUGAAAUCAGAGAAAGCACUCGUUGAACGUGCCCAUGAGCUUCGAUCUGAGCUAGAGAAUUCAGCAGCAGAUGUUUCUGGCUUGUUUUCUAAAAUUGAACGUAAAGACAAAAUUGAGGAUGGAAACAGAAUCCUUGUCCAGAAAUUUCGGUCUCAGUUAACUGAGCAACUGGAUGUCUUGCACAAGACUGUCUCAUCUUCUGUGAUGCAGCAGGAGAACCAGCUGAAAGAAAUGGAAGAAGAUAUGCAAACAUUCGUCUCAACAAAGGCUGAGGCUACAGAGGAGCUUCGAAUGUGGGUUGAGAAAUUGAAAGAGAUGUAUGGCUCUGGGAUUAGAGGAUUGGAUAGUUUAGCUGGUGAAUUGGAUAAGAAUUCUCAAUCAACCUUUGGAAAAUUGAAUGCACAAGUACAGAUGCAUUCUUCUUCUCUCGAGGAUUGUUUUAGAAAAAUUGCUUUGGAGGCUGACCAGUUGCUUAGUGACCUACAAAAAAGUCUCACUAACCAAGGGGAUAAACUAACUGCUUUUGCCCAGCAGCAACGGGAGGGACACCUGAGAGCGGUGGAAACGAGCCGAUCUAUUUCCAAAGUUACAACUAAUUUCUUCCACUAUGUGGAUGUUCAUGCAUCUAAAUUAAACAAGAUUUUUGAAGAAACACAAACUGUACAAGAUCAGCAACUCCAUGAUCUCGAGAAGAAGUUUGAGGAAUGUGCUGCUAAUGAGGAAAGACAGCUACUGGAAAAGGUUGCGGAGAUGUUAGCAAGUUCAAGUGAUAGAAAGAAAAAGCUGGUUCAAGCAGCAGUUGAUGGCCUCAGAACAAGUGCAGCUGAUAGAACCAGUAAUCUGAAAAAAGAAAUGUCAACUGCUCAUGAUUUUACCUCCGCUGUAAAAGAACAUUGGACAUCUUACAUGGAAGACACCGAAAGCCAUUAUCUUGAAGAUACUGCUGCAGUAGAACGCGGAAAAUGUUCCUUGGAAGAUGGUCUUCAAGAUUGCAUGACAAAGGCAAAAAUGGACUCACAACAAUGGAGAAAUGCUCAAGAUUCACUACUGAGCCUUGGAGAAAGUAAUGUUGCAUCAGUAGAUUCGAUUGUCAGGAGCGGAAUGGAAGCUAAUAAGCUACUGCGUGAUAAGUUAUCUUCUGCUGUCUCAACUUCUCUUGAAGACGUUGAUGUUGCAAGCAAGAGUCUCCUUUCCUCCAUUGACAGUUCCUUGAAACUUGAUCAUGAUGCAUGCACAAACAUCGAUUCCAUGAUCAUUCCCUCUCGUGAAGAGCUGAGAGAUUUGCAGAGUGGCCAUUACCACAAGACUGUUGAGAUCACAGAAAAUGCGGGCAAGUCUUUGGAAGAAGAUUAUGUGGUAGAUGAACCAUCUUGUUCAACACCAAAAAGGAGACCAAUCAAUCUUCCUAGUGUGUCAUCAAUUGAGGAGUUGAGAACACCAGCUUUCGAAGAUUUACUGAAGUCUUUCUGGGAGGCAAAAUCUGCCUCUAAGCAGCAAGUAAAUGGGGACAUGAAGCAUUUUUCUGAGUCACACGAGUCUCAGUCACAGACCUCUAGAGAAGCAAGAGUUCCUCUGACAGCCUUAAAUUGAUCGCAAUGAAUUUGGAAUUCAAAUUUGAGAUUGGUAGAGCAAUGUACAGAAUAGGUAGAGGGUAUAGUUGUUAAGUGUGUUUAGCAAAAUUGUUUGUCAUUCAUUAUCUUCUUGUUCCUUUUUGCAGGCUUAAUUGCUUGUGAUGGUAAGGAGACUAAAGAAUCAUGAUAUACAUGUGUGAUAUAUUUGUUUCUCAAGUGUGUAUCUAUUACUUAGAGAUGAAGUUCAGGAUACAUUUAUACUCUUUGGAGAUCAUACCGUUGAGUUGUAGAUGAGAUUUCUGAGUGUUAUGUGUGUUAUACCGAUA